AUGGUUUAUGCAAGUGACAAGACACGAUUUUGCGGUUGUUCAUGGUGUGUGAAGGACGCUUGCGGACUCACGUGUGCCGUUAUUACAUGGUUAUUAUUAUUGUAUGGUGAAUUCUGCGUUUUAACAGUAAUGAUGGCUUCAUGGUGGGAGCACACCACACAUCAGUCACUGAAUGCAAUCAUUUUCCAUAUACUCUCGUUUCUGGCUCUCUCAUCUCAUCUUAAAACGAUGCUUACUGAUCCAGGCGCAGUACCCAAAGGCAACGCCACUGAUGAGUUCAUUCAGAGACUACAGCAUCAGAGUAAUGCGACCGUUUAUAAAUGUUCAAAAUGUAGCAGUGUUAAACCAGAUCGUGCUCAUCACUGUAGCGUUUGUGGACGUUGUGUUCGGCGAAUGGAUCAUCAUUGUCCAUGGGUGAAUAAUUGUGUUGGUGAGGGCAAUCAGAAGUAUUUUGUUUUAUUUACGUUGUAUAUAGCAUUACUGUCAUCGCAUGCACUCUACUGGGCUAUUUGGCAGUUCGUUUUAUGUGUUGGUGAAGAAUGGCGAGGAUGCUCCUUGUUCGGUCCACCGGUCACUACAUUGUUGUUGAUUUUUUUGUUGUUUGAAGCGAUUCUCUUCUCGAUAUUCACAUUCGUGAUGUUUGGCACUCAAAUGAGUUCAAUCUGUAGUGAUCAAACCACAAUUGAAUCUCUUAAACAGGAACAUCUCACAUCUGGUCCUGAUAGCUGGAAGAAUGUGCAAAUGAUCUUCGGAGGUCCAUUCUCGAUUUCUUGGUUCAAUCCGUUUGCAGCACCCUAUGUGAGCAAGCCGUCCUUCGAAUAUUCAGUCUAA